AUGGACGGCUCGUCCCUGGCCGCAUGGUUGUUAAGGAUUCCUCCAUGUGGUCUAGUCAAACGAUCGUCGGAUUGGAUUGUUCUUCCCUUGGUACAUGAUGAUGGUGUGAGGUAUAAACGUCUGAUUGAUAGUUUGGAAAGUGUUGUUCAGCAACGUACGCCUUGGAUAGGGCGUUGUGGAAAAGGAAUCGGCGAAACGUGGGAUUUUGGAAUGAGAUUUGUGGAUGGUGGUUGCUUAGUUUUUGCUGAAUUUCUGGUGGAGCUCAUGGCGGCGAGUUUCGGUGGUCCAGCAGUGUUAAGGCUAUUUUCAUAA